AUGAAUAAUGUUAUUGACACUUUUGCAAGAAUACUGAAUGAUGAUCCAGAUCAAAGUGUCAAGAGUAACUUGAAGUUCUAUUUCUCUACAAUCCUUUUCAAUAUGCUCUGCCAGAAUGAACCGUAUGGUGGAUCACAGGAUAGUCAAGCAACCGAAAGCAAACGCUUAGAAAAUUUUAUUUUAAGUGUACGCCAUGAGUAUGAAACUGCUGGUGUGAAGUCUUUGAAGGGAUUCCAUCUGUUGUUCUUUCCAGUCUGGUCUGGUGAUCAUUUUUAUCUCAUUGUAAUCAACCAAAAGGCGAAGAAGGUGGAGAUCAUUGACAAUCUCUCCUUACCUGAAGGAAUUACAUAUGAUGAUAAAUAUAAAACAUUUGCAGAAAGAACUUUUGAAGCAUGGACAAUAUUUUCUGAACAAGAAGGACAUCCUUUGCGGAAGGCACAGAUUUCAGCAUAUGAAAUUGUGUUGCUUGAAAUGCCAUGGAAGAACAGAACAAACAAGACUGAUUGUGGGGUAUAUGCAAUGAGGCAUAUGGAGACCUACAAAGGCAACCAGACUUGGAAUUGUGGCUUCAAAAACACAGAUGAAGAUAAAGACUUUAUUUGCAGGCUGAGAAUGCGGUACGGUACUGAAAUCUUAUUAUCCGUUCUGAACAAAAGGCAUGAGCUAAUGUAUCUGGCAUUGAAGAGAGCUAAUCAAGUUGAAUAGUUGGUUGUUUUCAUGAAGGCAGAAUAAUAUUUACCUUUUAUUAGAAGUAUGCUUUAAAAAACAAUGGUAUAUUUUGUAGAUAUGGUUAUUGCUGGAGUUAUGGGUUGUUCUUUUAAACAUGUGUGGUGUUCUUUUGGAAACAAUUAGAUGUUCUAGUAGUUGCAGAUAAGUAGUUUGGAUAUUUUAAACAAGUAUUUCAAUUAAAGGUUCAAGUUCUUUUCAAUCCCAGACCAUGUUCUUCUAUAUCAUGGGAUAUGUUCUUUCCUUUCCAAAAUUCUUUUUAUUCUCUUUUAGUAAGUUCUUUUCACAUUUAAGAAUAUACUCCUUUAUGCAAUAAUUUUGCAAUCCUAAUUGCACAAAAAUAAAAACAAAAAUAAGAAUAUAUACAACUAAAAAUUCUCAUUUCAAAAUAUUGAAUGA